AUGGAAAUAGAAAGGGGAAGAAGGACGAAGAAGUCUGACUGGCCGCACACAUACGUUGCGAGCAGCGCCCGCGGAGUUGCGCGCAGCCAGCACGAGCAAAUAGGGCUGCACGUAUUCGCAACGGACACAUCGCAAUCACCCACAAACUAGAGAAAAAGGCUGGUUCGUAGCUGCUGCAUCUACACAGCACCCCGUGCACGAUGGCUGUCUUCUCCCUCUCUCUCUCUCUAGUACCACGAAUGCCUCACCCCGAGCGAUGGGCAAUCUAACAGUGUCCUACCCGUUUGAUCAGUGCCCUUCCGGUGCCUUUCAGUAGGCAACACAACAAAAUUAGAAACACGCAGGAUCGGAUGCGAUCCGGCAAACGCGGCUGCACGCAUGUUGCUGACGACACAAAAUGCACAUUAACAGCACAUAAUCAUGCAACGUCUAGCACUGCCGUCAGGUCAUAAACGAUGUAAGAUAAAGUUACACCAUUAGACUAGUCAGCGCUGACUGAGUAGUCUAAUGGGUGAAACGCGAAUAUUUCUUGAUUGUAACACUCCAGAAACCAAACAUCAGCUUUCCGUUCCUCCUCCUGAAAGGAUAGUGUGCCCCUCUUCUCGGGGGGAUCUGCCCCCCUGAUUUGAGAAGGGGUUGGAGUCAGAAACACAGACCAAAAUAACACAUUCAAAGUCCAUCCAGUCGAAAGCUCAAGAAAAAACAAUAUUUAUGCAAAUCCGAAAAGCUAAUACCAAAACCAAAUCAAAAUCCAUUACCAAACAGUUCCAGUCCGAAAGUCCAGACCAAAUCAAAAACCAAAACCAAAAUCCAAUACCAAAACAAAGACAACAUCAACACAAAAUCCAAUCUAAUACCAAAACAAAACAAUACUCGAAACCCCUACAUUUGCCGGCGCAUCAUCAAGCUCCAGCGCUUAAUAACCCAUUGCCCAAGCCAUUGUUUUCCCCCCCGCGGACAAUUCGCACGCCUCCGCCGCGGUCGCCUUCCGCCAUCUUUUCCGGCUGGCCGCGGCUCGAGCUUCGAUGUUUGCGUCCGCCUGACUUGGGGGAAGAACAAUUGUCGCUCCGAGAGGAUUGACUCGGCAGUGGUGCAGGGCAGGUCGCGCGUUCGGAGGGGAUGAUGGCGGCAGAUUAGUUCCGAACAAACCAGCACUACUGAGGAGAAUCACAAACAUACAAACAUUCCCCCCGGUUCUGCAAAGUAGUGACUGCAUGCAGCAGAAAAAACAAUAAAUGAAACACACGUUCAAGUCGUCGGACCCUACUUGUGGAAUGGUUUGUCUGAAAUUCAUUGCCGAUGCGAUAUCGCCACACCAUAAAUAGCUGAAUAUCAUCCUGAAACGGAGGUUGAUUAGUCCUCUGUUGCAAAAUAGUAAUCAAGCUGCUGCUACUGUUCUAACCAUAGGGUAAUCAAUCCUAAGUCAAAACCUUAACAACUUUUGGAACCGCAAUCUCACAACAAAUAGCAAUCUCAAGACAACGUACAACAAUAUUAGGAAAUCAGCAUUUAUUUCGUCAAUAUUGUGAAUUUUUAAUCUGCAACAAGGUGGAGGUACCAAUGUUGCACUUCGUUGAGACUUGACACGUCUCCGGCACUCGCUGACACAACCAAGACAUGAAAAGUUUUUGAUCAGGUUAAACCUGCUACCCAAAAAGAGUCCAGAUAAAACGUUGAUCACGCAUUUUUGAUCAGGCUAAACCUGCUGCUCAAAAAGUAGCUACCAAAGAGAGCCCAGAUAAAACGUUGAUCACGCUAUUGCCGGGGAGAGAAAGUUGGUCUCAGCACGGCUGUCAGGAUGACAAAGCAAAAACCUCGCCGAUCACUGCAUUUCAUUACGCACAAUACUAUUUCUAAUACCAUGCUACACGCACACAUCAUAUCAUCAGUUUAGAAACUGGCAUCAGUUUUUGAGGAUUACUGGUAACCUAGGUUGGGUCUACCCAUGUGCUACAGGUAGUCGGCCUUUGACCGAGCGGUGGAGUUUGACGGCAGUACCGCACGACGUAUUGUCGCGUUUUGAUUGAGUAAGCAGAAAGAGUAGGAGAGAGCGUUUGACGGCCGUGCCGGGUGGAGGUGGAGGUGGCGUUAGCGUU